AGCCCCGCCUCUUCCCCGGCCCGGGCUCAGAGGCGAGGCGAGGCGAAGGCAGGCAGCGGUCGCAAGCCAUGGCGCUCCUCCACUCCAGCCGUCUCGGGCCGCCGUGCCUGGCGGCUCUCUCAGCCCGGGCCAGCUCCUGGUGGGCUCAUGUGGAAAUGGGACCUCCCGAUCCCAUUCUGGGGGUGACGGAAGCCUUCAAGCGGGACACCAACAGUAAGAAGAUGAACCUGGGAGUCGGUGCAUACCGAGAUGACAACGGGAAGCCGUAUGUCUUGAACUGUGUCCGAAAAGCAGAGGCUCAACUAGCUGCAAAGAAGCUGGACAAGGAAUACUUGCCCAUUGCAGGGCUGGCGGAGUUCAACAAGGCAUCGGCUGAGCUGGCCUUGGGAGACACGAAUGAGGUUAUUCAAAGUGGCCGGUAUGUCACCGUGCAGUCCAUUUCUGGAACAGGAUCUUUAAGAGUUGGUGCCAACUUUUUGCAACGAUUCUUCAAAUACAGCCGUGAUGUCUACCUCCCUAAGCCGUCCUGGGGCAAUCACACCCCCAUUUUCAGGGAUGCUGGGCUGCAGCUCCAGAGCUACCGGUACUAUGAUCCCAAGACUUGUGGUUUUGACUUCUCGGGAGCCUUGGAGGACAUUUCUAAAAUUCCGGAGCAAAGUGUCAUUCUCUUCCAUGCUUGCGCUCACAACCCGACCGGUGUGGAUCCUCGACAAGAGCAAUGGAAGGAGCUGGCAGCAGUCGUGAAAAAAAGGAACCUCUUUGCCUUUUUUGACAUGGCAUACCAAGGCUUUGCCAGUGGGGACAUAAACAGAGACUCCUGGGCUGUCCGUCACUUCAUCGAACAAGGCAUUAACGUUGUGUUGUCCCAGUCAUAUGCAAAGAACAUGGGGCUGUACGGGGAACGUGUGGGUGCCUUCACUGUGGUUUGCAAGGACGCCGAGGAGGCCAAGAGAGUGGAGUCCCAACUGAAGAUUCUGAUCCGCCCCAUGUACUCCAACCCUCCCCUAAACGGGGCUCGCAUCGCCUCUGCUAUUCUCACCAGCCCUGACUUGCGAAAGGAAUGGCUGGCAGAAGUGAAGGGGAUGGCUGACCGGAUCAUUGGCAUGCGCACUCAGCUGGUGGCAAAUCUGAAGAAGGAGGGAUCCUCUCAUAACUGGCAGCACAUCACUGAUCAGAUUGGCAUGUUCUGCUUCACAGGCCUGAAACCUGAGCAGGUGGAGCGGCUAACCAAGGAGUUCUCCAUCUACAUGACCAAGGAUGGACGCAUCUCCGUUGCAGGCGUGACAUCCGGCAAUGUUGCUUACCUGGCUCACGCCAUCCACCAAGUCUCCAAGUAAACCAGGAGUCGAGUCAGAUCGGAUGGCCUUCCCUUCCACCUUCUUUGGACACUUGGACUUCAGAGAAUGGGGGAGGGAGAGACACAGGAUGGCUUUGCUCCCAUGGCACUUAAAACAUCACUGAAUGUAUUUCUGUAGAGGUCCUUUUUUCUCUCCCUUCCCCCCAGUGUUGCUUGGCUCUGGGCAGAGAGCUGUCAGUGUGUUCUUCUCCUCCCAAAGAUCCCACCUGUAUGUUAACCAAAAAUGGAUACUUCUGGCUUUUAGAAGUUAUAGGGGAACCAGUGCAAACACAUCUGGCUCCAGUAACUUGUUACAGAACAUGGUAGAGGGUGGCUACUUCCACUUAAGUUGCAUUCUGAUCUCUCUUUUCAUGAGCUUUUCUUAUUCCAUGGAUUGGAAUUUGAGAACUCUCCUCAAAGAGCAGAACACUACAGAGGUUUGUGCUUCACACGAGCUUUUUCUCCUGGGCAUUUUGGAGGGCCUUCUGAUUCCCCUUCUUUCAAGGCAGACAAGGACAUUGAGUCUUCCCAGUGGCCACUGCAGGGCGUGAGAUCUGAGUGUCCCAGCUGUGAUCUAUUUUUUAUGGCAUUUAUAAAUCAACCUGCUAUCAAGUGAACUGCAGAUCCCUUGCAGUGUUCCUCUGCAGAUGUGUACUGCAAACCUCCUGGAACAAUGGAUUCCUCUUGGCUCUUUGUAAGAGGUUUGCAUGGACCGUUUAUAAUGUUGAAACGAAACCAGGAUUUUCUCUUAGUACCAGAGGGAGGCAGAUGCAUUUCUGGGUAAUGACAAUGAACGGGCUGUGGGCUUGUCCCCUUCUGCUCAGCAAAGUUUGAAGCCUUCCCCCAGCAGAAGAACGAUGCCCAUGGGAAGAAAGCUUCUUAGGUUAGAGUGAGGCUUCCACCUUGGCUGAAUAGAGUGGUAGGACAGAAGCCAAGAAUUCCUGUAUCAUCUCUUUGGCCUGAGUCUGUAGGGGGGAACCGCAAGUUACAUUUGCUUUAAUCUGUUUUGGGAAGCCUUGUGGAAUCCUUACUCAGCCGGAGGAGAGACUAGGGCUUCUCGAUAAAAUUAUUUCAGAGAGCCGCCUCAAGCUUGCUGCUUCCAGUUUCUGCCUGUCUCCCACCUGGUGGCAUAGAGACCUUGCAAGAAGUGUGAUCGUUUUUGCAGCCUCCAGGCCUGAGUAUUGCACAGGAGAAGUCCCCAGAGCUAAAGCAUGGGGACUCGCCCCCCCCCCCCCCGGGGCAUCUUCCAUUUAGGUUUUGUGUUGCAGAAGGCUGGUCUGGGAGUUCGGUCUCCUCUUUGAGCUUGGCAAGACACUUUCUCGGAGGGAGGGAGCCCUCUUUCCUGUGUGGGUUUCCUUGCCAUUUGUAUGGUGUACAGCUCCUUUUAAAACAAUGCCAUGUCAUGAGGGGCGGCGGGAGGAGUUCACAUUGGUAUCUCCCCCAACUGUGGCUGCUGUCACUUCAGUCCGGAGGGGAAGCAAAAGGCGAAGUUCUCACAGUCUCGUUUCCCAAAUAAGCCCACAGCAAUAAUUCCUAAACUUUGAAAGCGCCGUUUUAGCAGAGCUGCUGUCACUUGCUCCUGUGAGCUUAGUGUAACUCGGAUGCACCACCUACACGUGUCGUUUUUAAGGUCAUCUACAGCAAAUGGGGCAAGAACUGAGAAAUGAUGCCAUGCUGCAGAUGUGUAUGUCCUCUAUUCAGUGUCAUCACCCAUCUUUGGCUGGUGAGGGCAAGGAAUUACAUACCUGUGUGUUUGGAGCAGAAUGUGGGAAACAGCCCUCUUUCUAGAUCAGUUAAAUUUCUACUUCUUUCCAGUUAUGUUAAGUGUACAAAGAGGAAGUCAGUUCAGUUUCUGCAAAUUCAAUCCCUCUUUCAUUUUCUGACCAAUCCUAUAAUAACAGUUUUACUAGAUACCCGCCAGCCCUCUUUGCUUUCCAUUGCAGAUCUGCCCUUGCAUCAACAGAGCUGAUCCUAUGUCACUUUUGCUUGGAUCAAUUUGAUUUCUCCUCCCUACCCAGCUUCCUAGUCCUCUUCUGGCCCCCAAACCUUGUGGCUCCAUCUGUGUUGACUGCGUGCCAAAGUGUACAUCUCACAGCCCAAAUGCAAAGAGAGCAUCUUGUCUCUGCUUCUGCUGGCUAGAGCAAGGUGUAUGCUCUCAGCUGGAAUGGGAACAUCUCUUCAAGAAGGCUUUCUUGGGACAGUCAAGGGAGUUAGGCCAUUUCUCCCCCCCACCCCCACCCCCUUUCAUUGGCCGGCCUGCCUGCAAGAGGCUGUAAUGAGGCAUUUCUCGCAGGUCAAGUCACUUCUUCGGAUAGCUGCAGCUUUUGCUUUUUUCCCCUUGAGGGCAGUAGCAGGGCUUUCCUCUGGAGAGCUGAAACUGUGCUGUCAGAAGGCCCUUUCUCAGGAGAGGGAGAAGAGGACUGUGUGCCCAUUGUGGAGGCAGCCAGCGUGUUCUUCUCAACAUGCUUUGGCAGGAGAACUGCCAAGCUUUCCCGAUCCUUUGUGUUGCUGCUUUUCCCAGAGGUGUUCAGGGAUAGUGGCCAUUUCUGUGCUGUGGUUCUAGGCUGCUUUUUAGUUGUCUGAUUGUUUGCCUUAUUUCUUUCUGGAAGAACCGUCUGCCGUUCAGUAUAAAUCAUGUAGGCCUUCAUGCAGCCUGCUUGUUUCAAAAAUAAACUGCUGUCCAUCUGA